UCUUAGCGAUGAAGCGCGACACCGCCGAGGUAACGAUGCGCGGUCGCCGGCCGCGUUGGGCUUGGCAGGCAGUGCUUUGAAUUGUUCAGCUGCAGACCGCUCGGAGGCGGCCGAGCGGCGCGCGGUUCCACCAGUGGCAGCGUGUGGGUGAAGUCCACGGUGUCCGUAACUGCUCACAGCCGCAGAGUGGACGAUGAAUGCAGACCCAAAAGCCGGCGGAGCUAGCGGUAUAAGGCACUAGGGAUGCCAGCAAGCAUCAUCGCAUCAAAAUUGCUUGCUUUGGACCGCACAAGUGCGCGUUCGCUGUCUAGGUGACGCAGCCGAUAUACUUCUCCAGCGCUGCGAUAAAUCAAGCGCUGCGAACUGCGUUUGUCGAGAACUGCUGCUCUCCAAAAAGCACCCCAGCUCUCCGUAGCCCACCAUGAGGUGGCUCUCCUCGCUGAUGCUUUGCACCGCCGCCCUGGCACUGGCACCGCGCACGCACCGUCGACGCAGCGCCGGCGUGUCCGACCAACGCAGCUCGCAGCGUGUGGCGCCCUUACGCGGCGUCUUCGACGCGCUCACGGGAAGCAGCGAGACCUUCUCGGACGCGCAGACGCUGCCGGGCCGGUGGCGGCUCUCGUUCGCGCUGCCGGCCCUCGACCGGCGCGCGACGGUCAUCGCGGAGUUCGCGGACGAGAUCGGCUUCGAGCCGCCGCAGGGCUCGCUGCGCCUCGUCGGCGAGGACGGCGCCGCGACCGACGCGGGCACGUGGCAGCUGAGCGAGGACCCGGACGACAAGCGCGACGGCCUCUGGAUCUGGGGCCUCUUCGAGGAGCCCCUGUAUCCGUUUCUCCUGGUCUCGCUCGAUUCUGAAAAGAUCGGUUUGCCGGAAGGGGGGCGGUUAGCGCUGCGGCUGGGCCACAAGUCGCGGCCGAACGAGGGCGAGCAGUUGUUGUCGUCGGGGUCCGUCGCCGCGCGGCGGAAGGAGAACUACAACGCCGAUUUGUUCGGGCUGUCGAGCGCCGCACUCGACGAGGACACGAACAUCGGCACGGUGUCGAUCCAGCCCGUCCGGUAACUUAUC